UUUGCCAGCUCGGUUUUUAUUUACUUUUCUGUGCGGCCCAUUUCGUCAAAAAAACAAAUAAUAAUACAAGCGAAAAAGAUUAAAUUAUACGUUGAAUUUUUACAUAAAUAGUUUUUAAUUUAGAAAAAGCACUCUGGCACCUAUAUAAAACUUCAUUUAAAGCUUGGAGAUUGAAACACUCAUCCAACCAGCGGCAUUAAACUUCUUAUCACCGAAAUCGACGAGCCCAAAAACAACAACAACAAAAAACGAUAGCGGAACAAGUGGUUGGACUGCGGAAUCGGAAUUUCUGUGUGCGGAGAAAGUCUCGAGAACAGUGAGGCCUGACGUGUCGCUCGAUUACCGGGUGAUAGAAGAACGGAACAGAAACGGAGCAGUGAUGUGUGGCAAUCCGGCAGUGGGAAACGGGGCGAGGGCGCUGAUUCUGGUUGGCGGCUAUGGCACCAGGCUGCGACCCUUGACCCUCAGCACGCCCAAGCCCCUGGUGGAGUUCGCCAAUAAGCCGAUUCUGCUCCAUCAAUUGGAGGCACUCGUGGACGCGGGAUGUCGACAGGUUAUUUUAGCCGUUAGCUAUCGGGCUGAGCAAAUGGAAAAAGAGCUGAAAGUGGAGGCUGAUAAGCUGGGCGUGGAACUGAUCUUCUCUCAUGAAACAGAACCCCUGGGAACAGCAGGACCCUUAGCUCUGGCAAAGACCAUUCUAGCUGCCAGUUCGGAGCCAUUUUUCGUGCUCAACUCGGACGUCAUCUGCGAUUUUCCGUUCAAGCAAUUAGUGCAGUUUCACCGUAAUCACGGGAAAGAGGGCACCAUUGUGGUCACGAAGGUCGAAGAACCCUCAAAAUACGGUGUUGUGCUGUACGAUGAGAACGGUUGUAUCAAAAACUUCAUUGAGAAGCCGCAGGAGUUUGUAAGCAACAAGAUCAAUGCCGGAAUCUAUAUCUUUAAUCCCUCCGUCCUUGACCGGAUCGAAGUUAAACCCACAUCAAUUGAGAAGGAGGUAUUUCCGGCAAUGGCCCAGCAGCAGGAGUUGUUUGCCAUGGAUCUAACUGGAUUCUGGAUGGAUAUUGGGCAACCCAAAGACUUCCUUACCGGCAUGUGUCUGUAUCUAAGCUCGCUGCGCCAAAAGCAAUCCAACAAGCUGUACACUGGACCUGGAGUGGUGGGCAACGUUUUGGUGGAUCCCACGGCCAAAAUUGGCGAAGGAUGUCGCAUCGGACCCAAUGUGACCAUCGGACCGGAUGUGGUUAUCGAGGAUGGGGUGUGCAUCAAGCGCUCGACCAUUCUAAAGGGCGCCAUUGUUCGUUCUCACUCGUGGCUAGAUUCCUGCAUCGUCGGUUGGCGAUCUACCGUGGGUCGUUGGGUUCGCAUCGAAGGCAUCACGGUGCUGGGCGAAGAUGUUAUAGUCAAGGAUGAGCUCUACGUGAAUGGCGGCCAAGUCCUGCCCCAUAAAAGCAUUGCAGCCAGUGUCCCAGAACCGCAGAUCAUAAUGUGAGCCGGUGGCCAGGACCAAUUAGUGUAAAUACAAUCUAGUUCUGCUCAGUUCCGCCGUUUCGGUAUUCUAUAAAGGUGCCUUCUCACCUAAGAUUUGCAAUAUUCACACAAAAAGGAAACGAGAAACAUUUCCAACAGUUAGCUUUGCUAUCUAUUUAUAAAAUUAACUAGAGCUAAAUUUUCUUCUUUGACAAAGGCGGAAAAUAAUACUUAUAGUCUGAUCAUUAAUAAUCAGCUGAACCUUUUUGUACUGUAAUAAGGAAAGCAUAAGUUUUAUUAUUAAAAUUCGAUACGUUAGAAAAUAUACGUACGCAUGUGCAAAAAUACCCAAAAA